AUGGUCUGGCAGUUUCUGGCAUGGACUGCCGGUACAUUCUUCUUCGUCUUUUUUUGCUACCUCCUCCGCCCGCUCGAGUACUUCCCAAUAACCUUCUUUACCGUCAUUGCCGCCGCCUUCAUCAUUUUUGAUCCGCGCGAGUGGAUGCUACAGAGUUACUUUGAAGCGCAUGAAUUUUUGCUCCACAUGCCUGUCAACGACUUUCUCGAACAAUACUUUCAUACAUCUGUCACCAUCGUCUCGGCUCUCUGGCUUGUACACCGAACGUUUCAAACUUUGCUUAAGCCAGUCCCCGAAUUGGUCAAUAUUCUCGGUGUCGACAUCCCCGAGCCCCCCGAUGUGUGCCUAGCUGGCAUCCGCUCUGACGCUGCCACCCUCAACUGGGGGCGGCCGCCGAGCAGUAAACCUGUACAGAAAUAUUCUAUACAAGUUAAUGGAGUUCACGUCGGCGACUCCCCCGGCAACGAGGUAGCCAUCACUGUCACAGGCUUAAAACCGAAUCACUUUUACAAUAUUCGCGUCAUUGCCGUAGCGCCCAACAACUUCCAAUCUGCAGGCCCUGUCAUCCGCCUGCGAACAUUCGGAAAGGAUGGCAAACCGCAGCUUGGCAAUGCGCGCCUGCCCACCAACUUUUCUCCCGAUGAGUACCGCCGCGGAUCCACCGACGAUGGCGAUGAUUCCGAAUCUCCCUCUGGCCCCAUCCCUUCACUCGAGUCUGCUCCUGUGCUAGACGGCGCCGUCUCCGUCGUCCGCGAUACGAAUGGUUCCCUAACGGGCCAGCGACGGAACACUAUCAACAGGCGUCACUCUCCCUCUGUCGCGAGCUCCGACCGACCUCAGCUCAAGCAUCAAGGCUCAGAUGAGCCCGAAUUGUCUCUGGACGAGCUGAAUAGACGAUUUGAGAGUAUCAGAAAGGAGACUGAAGAGACCAUCGCGCAAUAUGCCAAGGACGAGGCCGAGUCUAAACUCCAGGAGGACGAGUUGAAAAGGGAAAAGGAACGCAAACGCCAGAUACUCAAGGAGAAGGAGGAGCAAACUGCGCAGCUCAAAACACAAGUUCGAACAACUAUGGAGCAAAUGCGCGCUGCCGAGAAAGAACGCGCCAAAAAGGAGCAGAGCUUGAAAGACAAGGAUGCUAAGAAAACGAAGGUGAAGGAUAGUAUCACCAAGUUGGAGCUUGAGAUUGAGCGCAUGAAGACCGAGCGUAAAAAGUUCCAGGCGCAAAAAUCCGAUCUGCUUCAAAAGCGAGACAAGGAAGUCCGUUCUCUUGAUGAGGCCAACAAGGAGCUCCAAAACAAGUGUGCUGAGUUGGAAUCCGAGCUCAAGGAAAAGGGAAAGCAGCUGCAAGACCUCAAGGCUACACGCGAGUUGUUACCAGGCGCUGAUGAUCAGCAAUGGAAAGAUGAAGACGAUCGCCUGGCGGCUGAGUGGGACGCUAAUAGGCACGAAAUUCAUUCUCGUCUUGUACGUGAGCUUAAGCUGGCUCAUAAUCUAGACCAGCAGAUACAAGCUCUCACCGACCAAGUCGCUCUGGCUCUGCAGCACCAACAGGUAUUCUAUCACCAGGCGGGCUCCGGGGCUCUCGACUAUGACGGUUCGGGUUCUGUUCAGCAGAAGAGGCUGAGUCUCAAUGGUGCUUCUGCUCGUGAGCAAGGCACGCCAUCACCGCAUGCGCUUCCUACAUCUGAGUCGGGCUACCCGCCACCGGCAGGGUUCGUCCAUGCGCCCUUUCCACCCAGGCUGUUCAUGGAUGAUCCAGAUCCGACGGAUGAACCUCAUACGGAAGCCGAGUUCAAGAUUGCUUCCGGUCCACUGAGCCCCUUGGCCCAGAACCUCUUGCCUUCCAACAUAUUCGAUGAGAUGGAGGAGCUGGAUGAAGCCGGCGUGCGCGGUUCAUAUUUUCGCGAGUCUCUCGGGAUAACGGAAGAUGACCCGCAGUCCCCCGCCUCUUCAAACCCAUCGCACCGCGCAUUUUCCAGCCCUCAUGGGUCAAAUCACAACUUGCCAUACUCACCGUACGAAACCGCCGACAGAAGCUCAUUAAACUUGAGCCAAGGCCCAAAUUCCCCUGCGGCUAGUAGCCAUAGGUUGAGCAGCCUGCUCUCUACGUUUCAACGCAAUAGAGGCACGAAGCGCAUCGAUGAAGGCCCUCCUAUUGGGAGCCUAAAAUCUGGCCAAAGCCAGUCAUUCCCUCGUGGAGCAGAGGAGUUCGAAGGCAACGAACCGCGCCGACGAAUUAAUUUCCCAUGGGUUGGCCGCAGCUCAACUGGACCCGAAGGCACCAUUGGCGGACACUUUUCAUUGGGUAGCAGGAGAUUGAAUCCAAUCAAGCCUCCCAACGGUGCGGACAGGGACCCAAAUUCGAGACCUGCAUCUAUUGCAUCCGCGGAUAUGCCUCGGCCGUCGACUGACAGUGGUUCCAUUUGGGGCCAGCCAGGUGACGGUGCAGUGCCCAAGAACAGACUCUGGCAGCCUGCGGAUGGCCGCUGGCCUUCGCGUAGCAACUCGAGGCGACCGUCUAUUCACGGCACGGGCAGUCUAUUGACGACUACGCUUGCGUCCGCCGACGAUGAAAUUCUCGACGAGUACGACUUGCGCAACCCGCGGGCAUCCGCCAGGGAGGUCGGCGUGAUCGGAUCAGGCCACCCGGCGACCGCCAAAUAUGUGAACCAGAGGCUCAAUCCGAACGCACCUACCUUCAUGGGCAAUUUCUUUAAGAAAGAUAGGUCCAAGUCUCGGGAUGCAACUCCAAGCCUUGAGCUGCCGAUAAAUACAGACGACUCCCCGUCCGAGUCUAGAAUCUCGCGCGAUACUCAGUCAAUCCACACACAGACUUCAAUUUCCGUGUCUGAGUCUCAUGAGUCGUUGACGCUGGACGUAAGCUUGUCAAAUGCACCUUCUGACUUGAACUCUCUAUCUGGCUCCCUCUCCAAGGACCCAGAGAACAAAGUCAAGAAGCUCUUCCGAAAAGGCAGCUCCAGCAAGUUUAGUCUGUCUUCGCGACUUGGCAAGGAUUCUGGGCUAUUUAAGAAGGGCCCCGGCAGCACAGCCAAUUCUGAGAAGAACAUGUCGGCUGAUCAACGAUCCAGCAUUGGCGAUGUUGAUGACAUUGGCGAGGAUAUUCAAUUCGGUCGAAGCUACGACAGCAUGUCGAGCAGCCCUGCGCUUGGAUCCAAGGCGUCCAAGGAUGGAACUCAGUCUCGCAUCGGAUCCUGGCGCUUCUCUAAGAAGAAGAAGGGCAAAGAUGUGCAUCCAAAAGAAAGCGUGGAAGUUGACAGGAACGCGGAUGAUGAGUAG